AAUGCUGCCAGCGUCAUUCUCUCGUAUCAUGUCAGCUUCCAGAAGCUGUAUAUUAUCUAUAUCGUUAUACUAGAGAACAUAGUAUUAAAAGUAAUUAACGCGUUAGGGAACAGAAUGAUAAGGUAACAACUAUUAAACAUGUUUGCGACAAGCACCCAGGUGAAGCACUGGAUCUUCUCGUCGCCGGACGAGCUGCACAAGUGCCGCGAACUCGCGAACAGCAAGUUCUCCGAGAGCCACGGCGGCGCGCAGUCUCACUUCCUGCAGGUGAACGAGGAGCGCAUGCUCUGCAGGCACUUUGAGAACGUGAUGAAGGAGUUCUGCGUGAAGUUCCAGCCGCCGAUGCCGCGUAACACGAUCGCGACGUCGUUCGCUUACUUCAAACGCUUCUUCCUGCACAACUCCGUCAUGAACUACCACCCGAAACACAUCAUGCUCACCGCCGUGUACCUCGCGUGCAAGACGGAGGAGUUUAACAUCUCCGUCGCGCAGUACGUCGCCAAUCUUCCCGGCAAGCGGGAGAAGGCGGCCGAUCUCGUGCUGUCCAAUGAACUGCUGUUGAUGGGCAAGCUGAACUACCAGUUGACAGUGCAUCAUCCGUGGCGCCCCCUGGAGGGCUUUUUGAUAGACAUGAAGACGAGAUUAGAUAUUAGUGAUAAGACAGUGGAGGGCUUCAGGAAAGGAGCAGAGGACUUCCUGGAUGGGUCGUUGCUGUCAGAAGUGUCGCUGUUGUUCCCUCCGUCACACAUCGCCCUGGCUGCGGUCGUGUACAGCGCUCAGAAGCAGGGUAUUCAGCUCACCAGCUACAUAUCUGACAUCCUCCUGGCCAGUGCCGACGAUGCGCAGAAGGGAAAAGUACUGGGAGCGGUGAAGGAAGUGAUCGCCGUGGUGGGAAAUGUUGAUCGUCUUCAGAGAGACAAAGUGAAGCAGAUUGAGAAGAAGCUGGAGAUAUGCCGUAACCAGAACAAUAACCCAGAGAGCUCAGCUUUCAAAAAACGCAAAGAUCGCGAGCUCAAGGAUGAUGACAGGCGACGAGAGCAGAAGUACGCGCGGCAGGCUGCGCAGGAGAAACGUGAGCAGGCUCAGGUAUGUGGCAUCGUCGAUGUGAGCAAGUAGGGCCUGACGAUCGACCGUCGCCGCGGCGAACACGCACAAACGCCUGCAGCAGGUUAGCCUUCGUGAUGAAGAAUCUUGAACUCGCAGCGUUAUUUUCUGUACUAGCACCACCACAAACCACCAACCAUACCUAAUUACAAUUUUCCAUCUGACUAACAACAUAUACUGUAUAUGAUGUAUAUAGUGUGUGAUGUCUACAAUGAUGUAUUGCUGAUUUUCUAUCUGACAAUUUAUUAUGGUGGCAAAAUAAUAAUAUAUACUAUAUAUACAACAAACUUUCAACCUAUUGGUAGUAGGGUCAGAUGGAAAUAUGUCACGUAUUGUUCAUAGCAGGUCCAACAAUGCGGUUGGUAAGCCUGUCAUGGUUAAUGAAAUAGCUUAAGAGAAAAAUAGCCAAGUUUGUAUUUAAGAACAGCAAUAUAAUUUAUGAUGCAUUCCAAAUUUUGCUGUUGUGGACAAGUUGAGUUGGAGAGCAUUGAAAUUUCUCUCUCCCUUAUAGCCAUCUACCACGCAACACUAUGCAUAGUUAUUACUGUAAAUAAGGUACUAGUGUUGAGUCAGGCUCAGACAGUCUUACAUGGUGUGAACUUAAGUGUAAGCAUUGCAGACAAUGUUUGACUAAUGACAUAGGAAAUAACAACAGUAAAAGUAGAGAUAUGUUUUUUUGAUCUUUAUUGCAGUAACUGUGUUUCUUAAGUUUAUUGCUCUCUAAUAAAUUACAUAAAUCCAAGAAAACUGUUUCGUCUAAAUUUUCCAUAGCAGUACUCUGUGAAGCUACCAUUGUAUCGAUUUAUGAGAAGUUUAUUAUUACUCGUCCCUCAAACCAAGAGACCUAGAUGAAAAGCUGAAGUAAUGAUGGCUUUAUUAAGACACGUAUAUGAAAUUCAAGUACAGCACAUUGUCAACUACAUUUUCAAGUGAAUCGUAGCUAUGUGCAUUGUUAGAUAUAUAUAUCUCUAUCCUAUUACUAGCAGAGGAAAACUAAUCCAGAGACCGCAGUAAAACAUUAAAUCUCUCUCCGUUGAAAUUUUAGUGUCCUAUUUCCUAACUUCUACGAAUUGUGAUGUCAUCGAUUUUAUCUGGACCAUUGCUAUUGGAAGUGCAUCAGCCACCUUUAGGGCUUUGUCAUGACCAUCUACGCAAACCACGAUAUGUACUAUAUUUUUAAUAGUGAAAUCUUUGCCAACCGAUGAGAAACUAGUCACAGACUUGGCAACCAGCUGAGUGAUGCAUCCCUCGGCUUGUAAUCUGGGUGGAUCCCUUCCCCAUUCAGUUUGAUUAGUUGGGGGUGUACCCUGUUGGGGAAAAAACACAGGCAGUAAAGUGUUAAUAUGUUAA